CAAAUAAUCAUGCUGCCCGCCACCACGGUGAUGAUUGUUGUGGUUGUGUUUGCCGUGUGUUCGCUCGUAGCGCCGAUCCGCACCGCCGGCCCCACCGGCAACCACCUGGACGACGGCGGCGAGCCGGCGCUCACGAAGAAGCCCACCAGCUCGCGGGUCGUCCACACCAAGUACGGGGCCGUUUCCGGCACCAUCGAGCACCUGGACGGGCGGCACCUCGAUCCGGUCGAGGCGUACCGCGGCAUCCCGUACGCGUCGCCCCCGGUCGGCAUACUGCGCUUCAUGCCCCCCGUCACCGGUGCCCUGUGGUCGGGGGUGAAGAAGGCGGACAGGUUCAGCCCCGUCUGCCCGCAGUGGCUUCCCGACAUCUACAACGAAACGGCGGCCCUGGAGCGAAUGCCGCGCGGCCGGCUGGAGUACCUCCGCCGUCUGCUGCCGUACCUGCGCAAUCAGUCAGAGGACUGCCUCUAUCUGAAUAUCUACGUCCCGACGCAAGCCGGCUCCAGGGAAAGCUCCAACUCGCAGAAGUUCGCCGUGAUGGUGUUCGUCCACGGCGAGUCGUACACGUGGAACAGCGGCAAUCCGUACGACGGGUCCGUUCUAGCCAGUUUUGGACAAAUUUUAGUAGUUACAAUCAAUUAUCGUUUAGGAAUACUAGGAUUUUUAAAUGCCAACGUCGACCGGUUCUCGAAGGCUCCGGCAAACUACGGCCUGAUGGACGUCAUUGCCGCGCUGCACUGGAUACAGGAGAAUAUUGAAGCGUUCGGUGGAGACCCCAAGAGUGUGACCCUGGCCGGCCACGGUACCGGGGCCGCAUGUGUUCAUUUUCUGAUAGCGUCGGCAGCGGUUCCCGAGGGGUUGCUGUUUCAUCGCGCAAUCAUGAUGUCCGGCUCGGGGCUGGCACCGUGGUCGCUGGUCGGCGAACCGGCCAAAUUCGCCGCGUACGUCUCGCACCACGUCAACUGCUCGCCGGACCUACCUCACCAGCUGCUGCUCAAGUGUUUGCGCGACAAGCCGCUCGAGGACAUCCUGUCCACCAGCGUGCGGGCCCCGGACUUUGGCAACGCGUUCGGUCCCAGCGUCGACGGUGUUGUUAUAGAUACCGGCGAGAUCCAGCAGAUGGACGGGACGCACUACAGCGACUACAGCGGUAUGCCGUCGGCGGCGAAGCCUUCCGCUCAUAUCCACAACACGCUCAACACCAUCAACGCGAUCCUGUUGCGCAAACUAGCUAUUAACAAAUUGUCCAAGUACGACCUGCUGGUGGGAGUGACGAGGGCCGAAGCAUACUUUGCGUUUAACUCGGAGGACGUCCAGUACGGCAUCGAGGCCGACCGGCGGACGAAGAUUCUGAAGAACUACGUCAAGAGCACGUACAGCUUCCACCUGAACGAGAUCCUGGCCACGAUCGUGAACGAGUACACCGACUGGGAGCGCCCGGUGCAGCAUCCCAUCAAUAUCAGGGACGAAACGCUGGAGGCGCUCAGCGACGCGCGGCACGUGGCGCCCGCCGUGCAGACGGCCGACCUGCACUCGGCCGACCAUCGCAAUUCGUUCCUGUACGUGUUCGAUUACCAGACGAAGUUUGGCGAUUUUCCCCAGCGCCAAGGCUGCAUCCACGGCGAGGACCUGCCGUACCUGUUCGGGGCGCCGCUCGUCGGAGGAUUCAAUCACUUCACGCGGAACUACACCAAGUCCGAGAUUGCGCUCUCGGAAGCGGUCAUGAUCUACUGGUCCAACUUCAUCCGCGCCGGGAACCCCAAUGAACAACUGGAAAAUGAUCACGUACGGGACCGGACGCGGUUCAAGAACAUCGAGUGGACGCCGUACGAGAGCGUGCACAAAAAGUAUCUCAAUCUCGACACGAAACCGAAGCUGAAGAACCACUACCGGGCGCACCGGUUGUCGUUCUGGCUCAACCUGGUGCCGGAUUUGCAUAAACCGGGGACGGACGAUGUGCCGGCCGCCCACCACGAGCUGGAAGCGGACGACGAGGAGCCGACGGUGGUGCUCCCGACGGUGAAACCGCUCAACCCACCGCAGCGCGAUCCGACCCACUCCGGCAACUACUCGCUCUUCACCACCCAGGUCUUCUCGCUGCUCAACUUCUCGUCCUACGGCAUCCUGCCGAACGGUACCCGGGUUCACCACGGCACCGCCAUCCCCCGGCACCGGCCCGUGAUGGCGGAGUCAUCCGAGGCUCCCGACGACGACGCGGCCGGCGGUGGCGGGUCGGUGGCCGGCGGUGCGGGGGCCGGCGGAGCCGGACUGUCCGCGUCCCAGGAGGAUGGGUUCGCCGCGUACAGUACGGCGCUGAGCGUGACGAUAGCGAUCGGUUGCAGUUUGCUCAUCCUGAACGUGCUCAUCUUCGCCGGGGUUUACUAUCAGCGGGACAAGACGCGCCUGCACGAGCCCCGCACCGGGGCCGGGCCUGGAGGGGGCCCAGGUGGUGGCGGGGGUGCCGGCGGUGGCACCGGGGGUGCCAUCACGACGAAGAAGCGCACCGAGAACGGCCAAAUGCCGAACAACAUCUGCGGCGAGCUGGAAGCCCUGACGAUUCACGCCAAGUCCGAUCCGGCCACCAUCCUGGGCCACCAUCAUCCGGCGAUGCUGCAGCAUCACCACCACCACCACCAGAUGCCGCCACCGGAGUUUGCCGAUCUCCCACAGAGGGCGCCACCACCGCCGAAACAUCUCAAGUCGGUCCCGGACGGUGGCGGUGGUGGCGGAAUGCUGCCGGCGCACGCGCUCCAACUGAUCGGCAGCAACUGUGGGACGCUGACGAAGAAGAGCUGCGUCAAGUCGGCCAACCUGACCCCCGGUGGCCAUCCGGUGGGCACACCGAACGUCGUCACGAUGGACGAGCUGCGCGUGUGA